UGCGGAGGAGCAAUCCGAGUUAAGCCAGACGCCUAUGCGCAAAUCCUCUUCCCGCCCUCACUUGACCCCUAUAGUGGCGAUCAAUCUGUGGGCUACUCUCACAACAUGAAUUGCAGCUGGAUAGUCUACUCAUCAAACAUAGAACAAAUCAUAGUACUAAGCUUUCUGCAUUUUCAUUUGGAGGAAUCCUUUACUUGUCGGUUUGACUAUAUGGAGGUAUUUGAUGGAUACAGCCGUCGGAUUGGAAAGUAA